GCUUUCCUCCUCAAGAAAACGCGAGCAAAUGCAAGAAUGCCACGGAUAGGGCUGGGGGUUUAGCUCAGUGGCAUAAGCGCCUGCCUUGUAAGCAGGCAGUCAUGAGUUCGAUCCCCGGUACCGAUAAAAAGAAAAAAAGACCAAAAAAAAAAAAAAAAAAAGAAUGCCAUGGAUGAAAGUGUCCUCCAGUUAUCCUGUAAAAUGAGGACUCUGGAUAGCUCUGAAGAGAGAGAAGCGAAUAGCUUGUCUACACAGGAGCAGAAUCGAGACUGGCAUCCGCCUCUCGGCCUGAGCGAACCCCAUGCCGCGGGUCCUGGAGUCCUUGCUCACGGAGAACGACCCCAAAGCCGAGGUGGCAGCUGAGACCCCUGUGCUCCCAGGGCUGGGACUCCAGGAGCGACGGGUCGGCUCUUGGGGGUGCUCCGGGCUCCCCUAGGACUUGGAUAAGCCCCUCGUACGCCUCGGCGGUCAGAACAUCGGGAUCCCCGCGGGGCCCUGCACGGGCGGGGUCAGCGGCCGCUCCGCCCCUGUCCCGCCUCCCGCACCAGGUCCGGCUGCUUGCUCCAGGGUCUGCCCAUAGUUUCCGCGGGUCGUGCGAGGUGGCCGAGGCUGCAGGCUGCGGCCAUGGCCCGGCCUGUGCAGCUGGCGCCCGGCUCGCUGGCGCUGGUGCUCUGCCGGGUGGAGGCGCGGGAGGCGGCUGGGGCGGCGGCGGAGCCAGGCGGGCGCACAGUGUUCCGCGCCUUCCGCCGCGCCAAUGCUCGCUGCUCCUGGGACGCACGGCUGGCGCGCGCCGCCUCGCGGCUGGCCUUCCAGGGCUGGCUGCGCCGCGCGGUGCUGCUGGUGCGCGCGCCGCCCGCCUGCCUGCAGGUGCUGCGCGACGCCUGGCGCCGCCGGGCGCUGCGCCCACCGCGAGGCUUCAGCAUCAGGACAGUGGGUGAUGUCUUUCCCGUGCAAAUGAAUCCAAUAGCUCAGUCUCAGUUUGUACCCUUGGCUGAAGUUCUUUGUUGUGCAAUAUCUGAUAUGAACACAGCUCAGAUUGUAGUAACACAAGAAUCACUUCUGGAGCAUUUGAAGGAACAUUACCCAGGCAUUGCACUCCCUUCUCAAGAUAUUCUCUAUACCACUCUGGGAACUCUGAUUAAAGAAAGGAAGAUUUAUCACACUGGAGAAGGGUACUUCAUAGUUACAUCUCAGACUUACUUCAUCACAAAUACAACUGCCCAGGAAAAGAAAAGAGCCCUUCUGUCAAAUGGAAGACCCCCAGCGGCUGCUUCUGUGACCUAUCUGGUGAGCAUGGAGAGCUGUGCAGAGCUGGCCAAGGAGAACUCGGUCCCCAUUUCCCACUGUCAGUCUUGCCGCUGUUUCCCUGAUGUGUGCCGUCAAGAUGUCGAAGAGCCACCACCUGCUGCAGAAAUGACUAGAAAAGGCCAAAAACGGCUUGGGGAAUCCACACCUUUAGUUCAGAAUCAGGCAGUUUCAACAUCUGAGGAGAAUCACUUCUGUGAGAGCACCAAAACUUUACCAUACACAAAAGACAAAGAAAAAGGCAAAAAGUUUGGUUUCCGCCUCCUGUGGCGCAGCAUUUCUAGAAAGGAGAAGCCCAGAACAGAGCAUAGCAGUUUCUCUGCCCAGUUUCCACCUGAGGAAUGGCCUGUCCGAGAUGAAGAUAACUUGGACAAUAUCCCCAGAGACGUUGAACAUGAGAUCAUCAAAAGAAUUAACCCCAUUCUGACUGUUGACAACCUCAUCAAACAUACUGUCCUCAUGCAGAAAUAUGACAAACAGAGGAAAUCUAACAGUCAGGGCACUUCCACUGACAUGCUGACAGUCAGGCCUAAAAAUCCUUCCAAAGAGGGAGUUAAGAAAAGGCAAGGUAGAUCGGCCAAGCAUGGCAGGAGGGACCUUUCUCACAGGGAAAGACCCAAAAUCCGUACUCAGGGGAGUGAGCGUCAGCCAGGAAGCCUUAUGCUGGAGAAGCCCCCCAAGCUCCCUGCUACCCAGCCCACCCCUCAAGUUGAAAGCACCAAAGAAGCAGAAACUCAGACAGGGCUUCAUGAGCAUGCAAGAGCACUAGGCUCUCAAGUGAUUUACAAGAAGCGAAUCAGUAAUCCUUUCCAGGGCUUGUCUCUCAGAGGGAGCCCAGUAACAAAAAGGCACAGCAUUCAGAAGAGAAGUCAUGUGACACCUAGAAGCCAGAUUGCACCAAAGGAAAAGCCUCUCCAAAGGUCAGGGUCUUCCAAGCCCCCAAGACUUUCUGAUACUGAAGCCCAACAGCCACAGGCUGAGCAAUGUAACAAGAUGAAAGGAGAACCCAUUUAUAUGACCAAUUCUACUAUCCAGCCUGUCAGUGAUGACUUCACAGAUGACCUUUCAAAUUACCCACAAGGUAGUGACUUGCAAAGUGACAGCCAAUGCUACUCCUUUAGGGAAGGCAUGUUGAGAUAUGAUGUGUAUGGUGCAGAAAACAAGAUGAUAUACGAAGCUAUGAAGAAAAGUCCCUCUCACUUUGACAAAUUAGGGGAGGCCAAAGAAGCACAGCAUAUGCUGCCCCUGCAUGGUUCCUCCUCUUUAGAUCCAUCCUCUGCUUGUAGAUCACUUGAUAAAACAAUACACCAGUUUGAAAACCUUGGUCUGUUAGAUCACCCAGUUGGUGUGGACCAUUUGACACAAUCUGAGAGGCAAGACGGAAUUUCAGAAGAAUUAAUGAGAAAGACAUUUGUUCAGGAGACAGAGACUGCAAGUCUAGAAAAUGAAGGGCUUUCUGAUAAUGACCAGGUUUUGUAUCUGGAGGAAGAGGAGGAGGAGGAUGGAGCCUGCAGUUCAUUGUAUUUAGAGGAUGACGACUUUUCUGAGAAUGAUGACUUACAUCAAACACGGCCUGGCUGCAUUCAAUAUUCCUUUGCAAGUGGAAGCAAGUGUAAUCAUUUAGGAAAACCAAAAGUGACUGAGGGAUUGCAGACUGCAUGUAGUAGCAACACAGACUGGUUUGUGCCACCAGUGCUUAAAAAAAAUCAACAUUACAGGCCCACUGGGUGGCUUACAAACCCAGGUGAAAGCCAAGCACCUAAUCUCUCUGCGGAAAGCUGUGGCCUCAAUUCAGGGGCCCAGUUUGGUUUUAACUAUGAAAAACCCAGUGUGGCUACUUGUGUCCAGGCCUUAGCACCUGCUGAUGGAAGUUUAUUUGGUUGUUAUAGUGCAAGGAAACCCAAUUCUGAGGCUGAAGUCUCUCAGUCUUCUGGUAGUGACACAGGAAAGAAACCAAGUAGCUGGAAUCACAGUCCUCAGAAUCAGGAAAUGAGAAAUCACUUCACACAAAAGUUAGAACUUUUCAGCACUUCAUGUAUAUCAGUGCUGGCUCCAGAUGUUCAUCAUGAACACAGUCAUUUGGAAGGAACAGAAAAUCAUAGCAUGACAGGCGAUAGUGGAAUAGAUUCUCCACGGACACAGAGCCUCGCAUCUAACAAUUCAGUCAUUUUGGAUGGACUUAAAAGAAGACAACAUUUUCUACAGAACUUUGAAGGCACAACGCACAAUCAGACAUUCAUACCCAAUUCCAUACUACAACUAACUACAGCCAUAAAUGUUUAGUUUUCUUUUUUUCUUCUUUUUAGUUUCCUUUUUGGAAAGUCUUUUUAAAAAAUAUACAGUGGAAUCUUUCAAUCACAUGUUGAGUCCUCUGAAUCCAAGCAUGUAUGCUGUUAGCCUCAUUAUGUAUUUUGUUAUACUGUUUUUUCUGUUUUGAUAUUUUAAAACAUUUUUUAGUAUAUUUUACAGAGAAUUUUUUGGAAGUGUAUAGAUUGCAUUUUUUUUUUUUUUUUUUGUACUAGGAAUCAAACUCAUGACUUUGCACUUGGCAGGCAAGUGCUGUGCCACUGAGCUAUAUCCUCAGCCCCUGCAUUUUUUUUUUCAAGUAUGAAAUCUUUGGUCCUUCUCUAGUUAAAUGUCACUCAUUUACAUUUGUUAGUUCCUCCAAUACACAGGAUCCUAAUUUACUAUCCUGUAGUGAAUUUCUUUACCUACCUUGAGUUCUUAUGGGUCUUCUCUCAACCAGCUUGAACAUGAGCAAAUGGCUCCAAAUAAAAUGACUGACGAUGCCCAGAGCUUCGGCGGCAGUACACAUUUCAUUCUUCUCUGCUUUCAGGCUCUUUCUAUAGCAAGGCAGGGAGAGGUCAGAUGAAAGAUAAAAAGUGGAACGGCUUGUAGUGAUGGAGUUCUGAACUAGAGACUUAAAGAAAGGUGGAAGAAGAUUGCUAGUUGUUAAGCACUUUAUCCUCAUUUUGAUCCAUUUCUGCUCAGAAGACCUGGCUAGCUUCACCAGAAUCUUUUCUGGGAGGCUGUUUUCAGACCAAGAGGUGGAAUGGUCUGCUUGGUUGGAUUAUAGAGCCAUCAAGACUGGUUUGAUUUGUAACCCCAGCACUCAGAAGGCUGAAGCAGGAGGACUGAUGCAAGUUUGAGACCAAAGUGAGCUCAAGGCCAGGCUGAACUGCAUAGUGAGACCCUGUCUCAAAAAGACCAAAAAAAAAAAAAAAAAAAAAAAAAAAAAAGAUUUUGAGCAGAUUAGGUGGACGGUGCUGGGUUAUGGUAAUGAGGAUGUAUAGUAGACUUCUUUAAGGAUAAUCCUAGCCUUAGAUCUCAAAGAUGAAGAAAGUGCCUCUUCUCACGUCUCACCAUGCAUCAGUGAAGCCCUGCACAGAGCUGCAUGGAUGUGGAAGAGGGGAGGGGAGGUUUACUGCUGUUUUGCAGCAACAGACAGAUCCUUUGCUCAUGACUCUAUUAUGAAUCACAGACAUUAAAGAUGGAAAUAUAUCCUAUUAAAUUGUGUCAGAGAUUAUUCUCCAAAAUAGGGCAGUAUUUUUUUUUUUUUCUUUUUGCGGUACUGGGGAUCGAACUCAUGACCUUGUGCUUGCCAGGCAGGCACUUAGCCCACUGAGCUAAACCUCCAGCCCCAGGGCAGUAUUUUUGAAUAAUUGUUUUUUAAUGAAACUUUCAGCUUUUGAUUUUUCUUCCUCAAUGGUUGAAAUUACACAAGCUCAGUAAAGCAACAUCAGCCCCUGCUGGUGGGAUACAAUUAAACUACACAUAUAUGUUACUCAGAGUCGAAGAGGUCAUACUGAACGCAGUUAAGCACAAAAUGUCAUGUUCAUGUGGAAAGAGUCCAUAGAAGAGAAAAACUGGUGAGCUGGGUGUAUGGCCCACACCAGUAAUCCCAGCACUAGGAGGCUGAGGCAGGAGGAUCACCUGGAGUUCAAGGCCAGACUGGGCUACAUAGUGAGUUCAAGGUGCCCUGGACAACAUAGUGAAACCCUGUCCCUAACCCCCACCUCACCUAAAAGAGAUUUCAACCCACUGUAUUUUGAAUCCUGUCUCUAGUAUGGGUGAAGACUUUCAGGCAAGAAGGAAGACAGGAUAUUGCCUAAUGGAGGUGGUGGGGAAGGCAGAUAAAAACAGCAGUGAGUAUAUGAAAGAUGAACUCAAUACUACUCUUGUAGCCUCUCGUUUCUGUGUUGGAACGUCAGAAUUUCUCUAACAGAAGCGAUUGCCAAACAUUUCUUAGGUAACGGUGCCCUCUUCUGGGGUAGCAGUGAUUUGAAUUAGAUGCUAGAGACAUACACACAUGUAUACAUGUUCAACAUGUUUAAAAUCCUCCUUUCCAAUGCUGUCAAAACUUGUGCCGAGGGGCCUGGGGAUUUAGCUCAGUGGCAUAAGCACCUGGCUUGCAAGCAGGCGGUCGUGAGUUCGAUCCCUGGUACUGAUACAAAGGAAAAAGACAAAAAAAAAAAAAAAAAACCUUGUGCCGUGCGCUGUUAUUGCUCAUCCUCCCAACUGCCCACAGUCUGCAUCAUUCUCCCUUUACUAACACAAAUGAUCAGAGUUAACCAAAGUCAAAUGGCUAGCGGCGGGGAGAAAUCCCCUUUUCUCUCACACUGUAUUUUCUUCCCGCUUUGCCUUUGUUUUGUGUUCUUUCCUUUGGUCCUGGGAACCUAACUCAGGACUUUGCACUUGCCAGGGAGGCACCGUGCUGCGAAGCUCAGCCCUGAUGCCUCUGCUUCCUCAGUACUCAUUCUCUGUUUCCAGUGUCUCUUGGUGAAUUUGUAAGUGCUCUUUAAGCUGCUUCCACAACAGUGUUUUCAAAAUGAUAGUUGUAUUUUUUAUUACAUGAGUUUGACAUGCAUAUGUAACUGUCAAAUUUAAUGCUGUUUUUGCUUUCUAUAUAACUAUGGAGUAAAAUUAAAAAUCUAGCCCUGUAGAUUUUUUGUUUUGUGGUGCUGGGAUCAAACUUAGGGCCUUGUAACAGACUAGGCACUCUACCACUGAGCUACCCUAGCCCUAUAGUUUUGAAAGUAGGCAGAGAGAGGCAAAUUUAUUUUUUAUUUUAUUUAUUUUUUAUCAGUACUGGGGAUCGAACUCACGACCACUUUGCAACUCACGAGCGCCUGCUUGCAAGGCAGGUGCUUAUGCCACUGAGCUAAAUCCCCAGCCCCAAGAGGCAAAUUUAUAAAGUCAUCUUUUUUUUUUUUGACACAAGGUCUUGGUAUAUAGUGCAGGCUAGCUGCAAACUCACAUAAAGCCUCCUGCCUCAGCCUUCCAAGUGCUAGGGUUACAGGUGUGUGCCACCCCACCAAACACGUAUUUUGUGUUUUAUCUUAAAAGUCACAGAAUUUAUUUUAAUAAGCUAAGGCUAAAUACAAGGGAAAUCCUUACACAACCUUGAAACAGAGUGGCAAAUAAAGAACUACAAUUUUGUAGAACAUAUCUAAUUCUGUAACAUACUUGGAAAAUAAAGAUGUUCUAGUUAAGGGCCGAGGAUUUAGCUCAGUGGCAUAAGUGCCUGCCUUGCAAGCGUGAGGUCAUGAGUUUGAUCCCCAGUACCAAAAAAAGAAAAAAGUUCUGGUUAAGCUGUUACUUGGUGGCUAGAAGUAUAGCUCAGAGGCAGAGACUGUUCCUAGCAUACACAAGUUCCUGGGUGGAUCCCUAGCACUGAAAAAGAACACCACCACCACUAUGUUGGUGCCCAUCACCAUGGUUUGUGCCUAGUUCCAGCUGUAGGGAGGCUGAGGCAGGAGACUGCUUGAUCCCAGUUCAGGAUUACAUUUUGAACUGCACAUUUGUUUGCUUGUGGUAUGCCUCCCUUUGCUUUUAGAUCUCAUCAUCAUGACAAAAAUCUUUUUGAGUUUUUUUCAAUUAAAAGAUAGGUCCUAAUUCCCAUGUUUUCUAGGUGACUGAGGGAAGAUGAUAUACACCAAAAACAGUGUGGCACCUCUCUUGCACCCAAAUAUUUUCCACCACAACCACUCCUUGGUGAAGUUAUUCAUGUAAUUUUGCACUUUCCCUUUCCACCUGGCACAGAUAGCAGCCAGAAAUUUGGCUCAGUGAGUUUCAAGCUUAGAGCAUUAUGAAUAGUGCUGUGAGACAGGUCUCCUGGAAAACUCAAGCCUUUAUCUCCUCAGACCUGCUGUUAGACCCUCUGAUAUGUGAUGUCAAAAUAAGUGGUUUCUUGUUUUGUUUUUGAGGCUGGGCCUCCUUAUAUAGUGCAGGUUGACCUUGCAUUUGCUUAGGUAGCCCAUCGGUGAACCUCCUGCCUCAGACUCCAGAACGCUGGGUGGGAUUACAGACGUGCACUGCCACACCCCGCAAAAAUAAGCCUCUUGGGGAGUUAAAACUUUACUACACCCAGCUGCGACUUCCACAAGGUAUUAACCUCCGUUCCUUUUAUCCCCUUUUACAUGUGGCAUCCUUUGCUACACCUGCUGGACAUUAUCAUACCCUAUUGUGGGUCUACCAAGACUUCACCAUGGUAGGCUUGGGAGUGGACACCAAGGAGUAGGACACAGGGAUUUAGAAAAGCUCCCAUCUGUACAUGCAUAUAUUGUUACAGUGUAGGGGGGUUAGCUGAGCAUUCCUUGUGUGCCUAGCAUUAAAUCUAAACAUGUUUCUUGAUGCAGCCCACCCAAAAUUAUUCAGAAAAAUGGAUGCGAUCACUGUUACUUAUGUGGCUCCAGUCAACUCCAAACUCCACAUAAAGCACUCAAGAUGUCGCCAGAGGCACGUUUAAAGGAUUUGCUGGAGCACCUGUUUGUUAACCACUUAGUUCAGUGGCAGCUGCAGAGCUGAGGAGGUCAUGAAAAGAUACACAAACGACCUCAAGAAGAAAAUCAUCUACUUAAGUUGUACAUGCCAAAGCAGUUAGCGAUUCCUUGAAAUUUUUCAGUUUUCUAUAGGGUUGUGAUUCAGGGAGGCAGUUAAUCCCCACUGGUAAAAUAAAAUUUAUUCCAUGUAAAUACAUAAUCUGUCAAAAGAUUUAAAGUUUGUUUUUCCUCUAGCAGAAAAUGCUGGGUUCCCCACCCACCCACCUUUUUUCUUUAAAACACUUUCCCCCACACAUCCUGCAAGACUUAAAAGCUUUCAAACACAGUGCAGCACUCAGGCGGCUGAGGCAGGAGGAUCGCUGUUUAUCCAAAAACAGCUAGGGAUACAAAACCACACACACCGGUAAGAGGAGAGGGAAGGCAAGCUUCCUAGUUGGUGUGGUAGACUAAGCGUUGAUUCAAGAGAUUAUUUAGUCCCAUCUGUGCUAUUAGUUGCGGCUUCAGACAAGUAAAUUCCUUUUGCGGGUGAGUUUUGCUUCCCGCGAUGUCAAAUGGGGAACGCGAGAAGAGAACCAAUACUUAACUCUGCGUCUAAAGCCUAAAUAUUCAGGGAUUGACAUGCGUCCCGCUCUCGCCUUCCCUUCAGGCCCAGCCAGCCCCUUCCCACCCAGAAAGCCCCAGGACUUCAACGCCCAGCUGCUGGCUUAGCGCAAAACCGUUGGACGUUAACACCCCCCGCAGUGGGCGGAGCGAGGGCUGCAGCUUCCGGCGGCGAAUGGCGAAGUGGCGCGUGGCGCUCCCCGCCCCCUGUGGCACGGGCCCACAUAGGACCCGGCCAGCCGUGCGCCCCAACCUCUACUUGCUUUUGAGGGGCUUCCCACUCGUGCAGUGCAUGCUGGGAAGCCCCGAAGAUUCUCUGGAAUGCCGAGCUUUAUGGAUAUCGGAAUUUCGGAUAAGGGAUUAUGGACCUGUACUUCCCUUAUAGGGUUGCUAUGAAGAUAUAAACAAGAUAAGCCGAAAACACAUUACAUAAUGCUGGGAGCUAUUUUAAUUCCCCCAAAAUCUUAUGAUGGGAUUAGAGAUGGACUAGACCCUGAGUCUUGAGAAUACAAGAGAUGGCAUGAAAGUUAUAGUAACAGAAUGAUAGAAGGAAGUCAAGGCACCGUCAUGACUCAGAUGAGAAAACCGAAACAAGAGAAAAUGGUGUUACAGAUGACCCAGAUGCUCCCAAGCCCAAAAAAGCUAAAAUUAAAGAGAAACUAAAUGGAGAUACUGAAGAAGGAUUCAGCAGACUUUCAGAUGAAUUUUCUACAUCUCAUAAAUCAAGAAGAAAAGAUCUAUCAAAUGGAGAUAUUGAUGAAUGUGAAAAAAAAUCUAAACGAGUGUCAUCCUUAGAAAAUUCUCAUAAAUCAAGUGAUAAUAAACUAGAGGAGGUCGAGGGGUAACAUACCUCUUUCCUAUUCAAGUCAAGACCUUUGGUCCCGUAUAUGAAGGAAAA